UCAAGUUCGCCAGGAAACACCACGCUUCCGCCGUGAAAAGCCUCCGAGAUGGCCGAGAAGAGCAGAGUCCUGGUGAUCGGAGGCACCGGAUACAUUGGAAAGUUUAUUGUGGAAGCGAGUGCUAAGUCUGGUCACCCUACCUUCGCUCUCCUGAGGGAGUCCGCUCUCUCCAACCCCGCCAGGGCCAACAUCGUCGAAGGUUUCAAGAGCUUAGGCGUCAAUUUAGUUUGGGGAGACAUGUACGACCGAGAGACUCUACUGAAUGCGAUUAAGCAGGUUGAUGUGGUAAUCUCUACUGUCGGAACAGGACAACUAGAGGACCGAGACAAGAUUGUUGCUGCCAUUAAAGCAGCCGGCAAUAUCAAGAGAUUCUUGCCUUCAGAGUUUGGAAGUGAUGUGGAUCGUGUCCAUGCUGUGGAGCCAGCAAAAGCUAUGUUUGCUAUCAAGGCCAAGAUCCGCCGCCUUGUUGAGGCGGAGGGAAUCCCUUAUACCUUUGUGUCUUCUAACUCUUUUGCAGGUUACUUCAUUCCAACAUUGGCGCAGCCUGGGGCUACAGCUGCCCCUAGAGAUAAAGUUGUCAUCUUAGGGGAUGGAAAUGCAAAAGCGGUGUUUAACAAGGAAGAUGACAUCGGCACCUAUACCAUCAAAGCUGUGGAUGAUCCAAGGACCUUGAACAAAAUUAUGUAUAUCAAACCUCCUGCCAACAUUUACUCGAUAAAUGAUCUUGUGUCUUUGUGGGAGAGAAAGAUUGGGAAGACCCUGGAGAGGGUUUAUGUUCCAGAGGAGCAAGUUCUGAAGGACAUUCAAGAGACGGCAUUUCCGCUCAAUCUAAUGUUGGCCAUAUCCCUUUCUACUUUCGUGAAAGGAGACCAAACUGACGUCGAGAUUGAGCCAUCAUUUGGAGUGGAAGCUUCGGAGCUCUACCCCGAUGUCAAAUACAUAACCAUGGAUCAAUAUCUUGAUCAGAUCGUCUAAUUGUCGAAGCUGACUGUGCAUGGUAUUGAAUUGAAGUGCUCGCGAUGCCCGACAACAUUCGGGAUCUCCUAGUUUUAGACGAAAGAUAAGUAUGCGGAUUUCAAUUUUGGUUCAAAAAAGGAAAGAGCUAGAGAUAUCAAGCGAUCAUUUCCCCUAUAAUCCCUUUCCCAAUCUAUAUUGCUUUCUCCUACCAUGUAUACCAGUAUCAAUUGUCAAGAGGUGACUCGGAAACUUUUUCUGUAGUAUUGCUGUUUGUCCGAUUUUGUGAUUGUCAUCAACCUUUGUCAUUUUAACA